GUCAAAGAAAAAUUUUUUCAUUUCUAUGAAAAUGAGUCAACCAUUACUUUCAAAAUCGUCUCCCAAUCAUCAAUAUGAGGCAAUACCUGAUAAUAGUCAGCAUGAAGAACAUCACUUCGAAUCUCCCGAAAUUAUUAGGGAUAUAGUUUUAGGAUUAAGUGAUGGGUUAACGGUCCCAUUUGCCUUGGCGGCCGGAUUAUCUUCUUUGGGAGAUUCUCGUGUUGUUAUUAUUGGAGGUUGCGCCGAGCUUAUUUCCGGUUCAAUUUCAAUGGGAUGUGGAGGAUAUUUAGCAGCGAAAUCCGACUUAGAUCAUUAUGAUACCGAAAGACGUCGUGAAGAAUGGGAAGUAAAAAACUGUCUUAAUGCAGAAAUUCAAGAAAUAGUCGAUAUAUUAUCACCUUAUGGAUUAGAUGAAGCAACUGUAUCACCAAUUAUUGAAAAGUUAAAAAGUAAUCCCGAAAAAUUUGUCGAUUUUAUGAUGAAAUUUGAGUUAAAUCUUGAGAGACCCGACCCUUCUCGUUCUUUGAAAAGUGCUUUUACGAUUGGAAUGUCAUAUUUCAUUGGGGGAUUGGUCCCCUUAAUACCAUAUUUCUUUAUGGAUGAUACGACUUAUGCUUUAUUAGUUAGCAGCAUUAUUACAAUAUUUUGUUUGGUUAUAUUUGGAUUUGUUAAAGCGGUAUACACAUCUCCUAAUAAUGCGGUAUCAAGCGCAAUACAAACAGCAUUUGUAGGUGCUUUGGCAGCAGCCGCCGCUUACAGUGGUGUAAGAUUAGUCGAAGUAUGGAAAAAAUAAUGUUUUAUUUCAAAUCUAAAUCAUUUUUCUUGAUAUAAAUAAAUCUCAAGAUCUAAAUCAAUUUUUUAUAUAUAUACAAUAUAUAUAUAUUUAAGAUAAAUGAAUAUCACUUACACUUAAAUAAUAAUUUAAUUCUCUUUCAGAUUCAUUUUAAUAAAAGAGUUUUUU